CAAAGUAUCGAUAAAUGGAACAUCCCUCACAGAGAGCCAUACCACUUCUUGUAUACUACUCCAACGAAAACGAAAACAAAUAGUUUCCUUAUCACUUUAAUAUUAAGUUUAGUCAUCCGAAUUCCUAGUAUGGCUCAUUAUGUGAUAAUGCAACGGAUAUAACAACCAAAUAGAACUCGUUCGGAAAUUGACCAAAAUGAGUAACGGUGAGAAUAACUCAAAUGCACGAAGCCAAAACCAAGGCCAAAGUGCUGCUGGAGGCAGCGCGAGUGGGAGUGGAUCAGCGAGCACGGCUAGCUCUUCUACAGCCCAACAUCGAUCCAGAAAUGCAGCCAGCCAGGAAAUUCUAGAUGCCGGCAGUGAUGAACAGGCUGCUGGCGCAACGUCUGCUACAAAAGAGAAGCGCAGCUGGUUCUACUCGUUGACCAGGCGUAAAAAGUCAGAUUCUGCGUUGGCCAGCUCAAGCUCAACAGUUGCUGCCACCACCGCUGCUGGCGGCUCCCAAUCAGCGCAGCUGCAAAACAACAACAAUGAGCCACUGGGCGCCGCCAUGGAGGCCAGCUGUUCUAGUGCCGCUGCAUCCGAUAGCAAUAGCAGCAGUGUAGGUGGCGCUUUGCGUAAACGUAAGGAUAAGAAGAACAUGCUCUCGCGUAUCCGGAAGAAAAUGGUAUUGGGUCUGAGUGCAUUGCGCAACUGGCACUCCAUGGGCGAUGAUUGUGAUUGUGAUGGCGGAACCACAGAUGCCAUGUACGAAUUUCUGGCGCCACCAAUACGUGUAGAACCGACGCUGCCCUUCACCCAUGACUACAUGCGUUUCAUAAGAAAAAAGUGGCUGGAGCGGCAGGAUCCGCCAAAUGAGGUCAUGUACAAGGCAUGCUCCGAAAUGCUCAAUCAAGUCUGGUACUGGGGCGAGAUUUCGCGUCGCGACUCGCAGCGUCAGCUGAGCGAUAAGCCCACCGGUUCGUUUCUGGUGCGGGACUCGGAGUCGACCGGCUCUCAUUUUACGCUAAGCUUUCGCAUUUUGAACGUGACGCUGCAUUACCGUCUGGAGUAUCGUGAUCAGUUUUGGCAUUUUGAGGAAUUGAAAUAUGAGUCGAUUGUCGAGAUGAUUGAGGACAUUUUGCAUCGCUGCACCAAUGAUAAUUUCGUGUGCUUCGUGAAGGUGCCGAACGAGAUGCAGCCGCCAUUUCCAGUGAUACUCAAGUAUCCAUUGAGUCGCUACUUGAACAUGCCCAAGCUUCAGGAUCUAUGUCGACGCGUGCUGCAGAGACAGAUGCCAGUCAGUGAGCUGGCCCGGCUGCCAGUGCCGGCACAGAUGCUCGAGUAUCUGUCCGUGGAGCGUGAAUUGGUAUUUCAAAGCUAGGCAAAUGGUGGUCCUGGUAUUAGCUUUAAAUCCAGUGUUAGAAACCAAAGAAGGUUAGAAGAGGCAGCGACGCAAUUAAACGGCACUGCCACAAAUUAUAGAUAUAUAUAGUUGGAAUUGGAAUAUCUUAAUCGUGAUCGUGGAAACUUGAGAUCGAAAACAAACAAAGAAACACUCAAACACAUGCCAUAGAUAAAACACAAGCAAAAUGUGACUAGUGUUUCAUUUGCAUUUGUAAACAAGCAAUUAAAACACGCACAAACGAGAAAUCGACACUAUAUAUAGGUAUAUAUAUAUACAUACAUAUAUACAUAUACCAUAAUGAAUACUGUGCAUAUGUAUGAGUAUAUGCAUGUUUUUAAUCUAUAACUGUAUUAAAUAUAUUUGUAUUCUUAUAUACACACACGUAUAUACAUAGAUAUAUAUAGAAUACACAUAUGUUAUUGGCCAAAAUUAGUCUAUUAACUCGUUUUCCAUUGGUCUUGGUCAAAGUCUGUACGCCUAAAUGAUAUUGAUACUAAUUUAUACUAAAUAUAUAUAUAUAUAUAUAUAUAUAUGUGUGCUCUUUCAAGAAAAGUAUUUGUAUAAAUAAGCUCAAAAUAUUUGUGUUAUACUACAUAUGCAUUUGAUUCCUAAUGUCAAAACUAACUUUUGCUAUUAUACUAGAUAUAAAUAUGCUAUAUACAAUAUGAUAUACAUACUUAUAUGUAUAUUCAUAGAUCACUUGAACUGUGCGGCAUAUGUUUAACUAUUGUUACAACGUGUAUUGACAUUUAUUUAACACUAAACAAAAAACAGUAUCUCUAAUUUAUGUUUGCAUAUAUUUUAUCAAAAUAAAAGUAAUAUUAAAAUUA